GACAGCUUUGAAAGCGUGACGGCGUUGAAUUUGCAAGAAGUGUCAGACAAUUAAGCAAUCGCGAUGACAGGCGCGGCAAACGGAUCGAUCGACACUCUUGACUGUCAUCGUCUAACGAUCUCUCGCUUCUCUGCAAACUUUCACCUUCGUAUAAACGACCAGCGCGGAGGAUACCUGCCCACUGCUCCGCGUUCCCGAUUACACGGUUCGCACUCAUCGCCAAAUCCAUUCGUUCCCAUCCAGCGAACGCAUCUGCCUCUUUUCCCAUCUCAUCAUGUCUUUCGCACCUUCGCCCUUCCAAGAGGAUGAGCGACCAGUGAUCGUGAUCACGGGCUGCUCGAGCGGCAUAGGAGCAGCCUUGGUGAAAGAGUUCUCCAGCGCCGAAACGCACAGAGUGGUAGCGACUGCGCGCAACUUGGAAUCCUUGAGGUUCCUACCCAGCAAUGUGUGGAGGGUUCAGUUGGACGUGACGAGCCAAUCGAGCGUGGACAGGGCCAUACACGACAUUAUCAAGGAACUGGGCAGGAUCGAUAUGCUGGUCAAUAAUGCUGGAACGAAUACCGCCGUGGGAGCUUCGGUCGAAGUAUCGCUGGAGAGGUACAGGCAGACAUUUGAUGCCAAUUACUUCGGCCUUAUUCGCGUCACUCAAGCCGUCACUCCGCACAUGAUCAAGGCGCGCUCGGGUACCGUGGUCAAUGUGGGCAGCGUUGCCGGCCUAUCUCCGUUGCCCUUUGCCGCAGCCUACGCCUCGUCCAAAGCAGCCGUACAUGCCUUUUCCGACUGCCUUCGAAGCGAACUCGCAGGAUUCGGCAUCAAAGUGAUCGUGGUAGCGCCAGGAGCCAUCCAGUCAAGCAUUGGAGAUGCGGGCGCGAAAGGAAUCUCUGUGGCAGACUCUUCUCCUUACAAGAAUGUGGAGGAUAUGAUCCAGUACAGAGCAAUGUACUCUCAGAUCGGUAGGAACACGCCUGCGCACGUCUUUGCCAAGAACAUCAGACGUGCCGUCACAAAGAAGAAUCCUCGAGCUUACAUCUUGAGCGGUGCACGGACCACAGUGGCCUUCCUCCUCUGGCUCAUGCCCGCAAGAUGGAGAGACUUUCUGCUCAGCUUCGUCUUCCAGACAUACAGGAUCGGUCGCACCGCGUGACCGCACUCGACAAUCCUCGCUUCAAGGCGAGCCUUCGCUCUUCACCUUCUUUUGAAAUGUACUGGACUACCCCUUCUGACUGCACAGUUGUGAAGAACCCCUGGCUCGCUUGUGCUGGCAGUGCGAAGGCUUCCCUAGUCCGUCCUUGGCAUGGGCUAGGGGCGUGAGUGAACAUUGAAAUUGCAAGUGUUCCAGCAGGCAAAUAAAGAUACGCAGUAACGAACAGGCAUGCCGGAAGAUAGCGCGGGAGGCGCAAGUUGGAGCAAGCUGGGGCAAAUUGAAAUCGUGAAUUUAGAGGUGUUGCUGCUCCUUUACCAAAAAGUCCGGU